AUGAAGUUCAAUCUCGCCGCCAGCUUCCUUCUCGUUGCCUCCGCACUUUCGAGCCCCAUCGCGGAGGCGAACACCGCGGAGGUGAACUUUAACCGCGUGGAACUCGCCGAUCCUCAAAACUGGGUCGCCGGCAUCAGUCUGUUCCCGAGCCAAAUCAUUGCAGGCUACAACGCUGAGCUCGACGCCUACACGGCCGAGCAGUGGGCCGACCACGUUUUGAGCCAGUGCAAGAGCUUCCGUGCUUGCACCUCUACCAUCUCAUUUGCUGCCGACAACUCGGGCGACACUGGCGGCCGGUACUGGUACGGCUACGUUUUCCGUGGCGGCCCAACGACCCCCUCCAACUACAGGCGCUCCCCGCGUGGAAACGUAUCCGAUUCGGCUGCAUAUACCGUCGCUUGA